AUGGCCAUGACUGACAUGCGCAUGUCUCAAGAGACGAUCACGUCUGCCAUACCUGUUGAGCCUUCAUGGCCACUGGGCAAGGAUUUGCUGCGGCUAUGCCAGGUCACCUCCAAGCAGAUGGUAGUGACUCUGUCAACAGAGACAAACGUUCUAUUCGUCCACACGGGACGAGAUAGUGGAGCACUGAGAACUGGAAAUCGUUGA